UUUGAACGAGGUGGGACCCUGCACCCACGUGGAACCAUUUUAGUCCUAUUUUUCUUGUUUUUCGCCCAAUCAUGAUGAUUCGUUCAUUGUUAAGAAGAGCUUUUAUCACUAGGAGUAGUGCAAGGACGAUCUCUUCAGCCCCAGAGGCUAAUACAGUUUGUGUAUUGGGUAAAGAAUACAAGAGAGACGACAUGACAAACGUGACGCCAUCUUUAUUGGAAAAAGUUGGCCGGGAACUGCACAACACAAAGGAUCAUCCUAUUAAUCUUCUCAAAAAACUAAUUGUUCAUCAUUUUCACAAGACAUACAUUAACACUGCAGGAAACCCACUAUUCACCAGCAUUGAGAACAUACCCCCAGUCGUCACAACUGAGCAAAACUUUGAUUCGUUAUGUGUUGCUAAAGAUCACAUUUCAAGGAGCCGUAGUGAUUCCUAUUACAUUAAUUCUGAGACCAUGCUACGGACUCAUACUUCGGCCCACCAAAGGGACUUUAUUAAAAUGGGUCUUGACCGGUUCCUUGUGACUGGGGAUGUGUAUCGUCGCGAUGAGAUAGAUUCAACACACUAUCCGGUCUUUCAUCAGAUGGAGGGAGUCAGAGUCUACUUAAAACAAAAUUUGCUUCCCCGAAGUAAGACCAUGUUUGAAGACGGAGAGGAGACAGAUGAGAAACAGAGCAGACAUACUCUAGAGACAUCUAAAGCUCUUGAAUUAGAACUCAAAACGACACUAGAGAGACUAGUAAAGUAUAUAUUCGGAGAAGAGACACAAACAAGAUGGAACAGCUGCUAUUUCCCUUUUACUCAUCCUUCAUUUGAGCUCGAGAUUCUAUUUAGAGGAGAGUGGGUGGAGAUGUUGGGCUCUGGCAUAAUGAGACAAGAGAUCUUGGAUGAUGCGGGAGCUUCUUUUAAGACUGGAUGGGCAUUUGGAUUGGGUUUGGAUAGACUCUCAAUGCUACUCUUCAGUAUUCCUGAUAUACGAUUACUAUGGAGUAAAGAUGAGAGGUUCAUUGAUCAAUUUAAGCAUAUAACACUGCCUAUGUUAACAAAAGAGAACUUGAAUAAGAAAGACUUAUCUUUCAAACCCUUCAGCACAUUUCUUCCUCGUUGUGAAGACGUGGCUUUUUGGAUCACGCCCGAGUUUAACGAGAAUGAUUUCCACGAACUGGUCCGUGCUACUUGUGGUGAUAUUGUUGAGAAGGUUGAACUCAUUGAUUCGUUUGAGAAUAGUAAAACUGGUAAAGUUAGUCGCUGCUACAGGUUGGUGUAUCGCUCAAUGGAUAGGGCUGUAACCAAAGAUGAAGUGGAUGAACUUCACUCGAAACUUAGGGAGAACAUAGAGAAAUUAUUACCUGUAGAACUGAGAUAAGAUAUGCAUGUAUAUAAAGGUUUUUUGAUACUAAUAAUUUGCUGAUAAUAAUAAUACUUAAAAAUUGAAAGCAGAACAUUGUCAUUAUCAUCACUAUGCACCUUUUAGCAACAGAAUCUUUGAUUUGUACAACUAGUUGGCAACUUA